AUGCAGUAUCGAUACGACGAGCAGCAGUGGAACCUUGACCUCAAAAAGCAUUGGAGCUUGUUCGACCUUCAAACUACGCCCGAGAAAGAAGGGAAACCUUCCGCAUUCCGACAAGGCAACCUGGUGCUGGUUUCCGGAUGUAUCACGACACUAUGUCCUCAACAGCUCAAGGCCAACAUGGACCAUCCGAUCGGCUAUCUGCCGACAGACUGGACGCCAGAGCGGAAGGUUCCUUUCACAUCCCCUACGCACGUCUCCCGGUUUGAGGGCAUCAAGCAGGUUGGCACAAGCCUGAUGGUUGUACCCCCGCCUCCAACGAGCUCCACAGCGCCGGGAGCUCCCAAGGUUUUGGUAAGCGUUUCCAAGAACGCCGUGCCCAUGGUUCUGCACCUGUCAGGGCUCGCAAUGCACCGUGGCAGCGUUGAUGAUGAGGAUACUUGCAGACCGCUUGAUCUCAGAGAACAGCGGACAAAUAUCGACAUCCGAGAGAUCAACUUUCAGGGCGGGGCGGCUCUGAGGCCGAGAUCGUGGGAGGGCACGAUGCAGCAGGAUGAUUUGGAAACGCCCCGUUACAAAAGAGAGGAUAAGAUUGUGCUCUUGCAGGGCUCUUUUGAUGCAACAGUCUUCGGGUUCGAGAAGCAGACCAUCGCAUUCUUGCCGGAGGACGUCCGCCCAUGGCGGACAGUCCGCUGCCUGGCGACAUUGCUGAAGAGGCGGCCCAACCAAAAUGGAGAGCAAGACAUCGCUUCCGAGCUCAUGGCAGAUGAGUCCUUGGCAGUGACUAUUCACACAAACGGACACAUCUGCGUCGAAGGAGGCAACAUUCACUCCUUGGAUAAAAAAGGCCGCAUGCGAGUUGUGCCGCAGAAAAAGCGUGGCUGGCUUUACUUGGAUGGUGUUCGUUUCAUCCUUGCCAAAGGCGAUCCAAUCCAGGUUUCUACCGCCCUGGCAGAAGAGAAAGAGCGGAAAGUUUCUACACUUUUCGCUGAUGAUGAUGAAGAUGCAGUUUCCUACAGGCAAGGCAGUAUCGUGUGUCUUGAGGGGAUUUUGCACUGGCCCACCACAAAAGGCACACCACACGUACGCAGAGCCCUUGGCUUUCUUCCUAAAGGCCACUGGCCAGAGCGGCGCGAGGUCUUCUUCACGCGUGGCCAUACAUUCGAGGAGGAGGAGCGAUGCAGGGUCGACAUUGACCGCUACGGCCGCGUGUUCUGCCCAGAAGGUGGGGCCGAAAAUGGCAGAGUGAAUCUGAGUGGAAUCAUCUUCAAAGCUGCAGAUCCAGACACUACGCCGGCAACAAGCCCACAGUCCCAAGAUUGGGAUGAGCUCUCAAUUCAAUAUUGCAGUGCGAAACAAGAUGCUGACCACGGCUACAAGCUGCUGGAAGCUUUCAUCCAGACCUGCACGAAGAAGGAAUGGGCCUACAUCGAGCACGCGAUCUCGCAGCAGGUCACGGGACGCAAGCUUCAAACUCCAUGGGGCCAGGGAAUCGCGCCAAGGGGCGUUCAAAGGAUCAACGAGCAUGACCUCGAUGAGGAUAUGAGGUUUCUCUGGGAUAAGAAGAUCCGCAAGGUCGUGGAUGAUAAGCUGGGCAUCAAGAGCCCGCAUAUGCUGUUCCAGCUCUCCUUGCCAAAGCUGCAGCUGGUUUGUGAUCUUUUGCGCAAGGAGCAAGUGGGUUUGAAAGAGAGGGAGCUGGCCAACCUCAAGAACAUGCACGAACGGCUGUCGGAAGGCUGGGAAAUCUCAAAGCACGGCGAUCUCCACUUUAAGCUCCUGAGAGACACGGCGGUGGAGAUUGUCGAUCAAAUGGUCACGAGGUGGGAUUUUGACGCGCAGAUUGGCGGGUUGCUGACCAACGACUUCCGGGCACCUGAAUCGAUCAGACAUUUGUAUCCAGAGCGCUUGCGUGGGGAUGUUGCGAAGAAGGUUCAUGCGAUGAGCAAUGACGACAAGACGAAGUAUGAGGAGAUCUAUCAGUUUUUUAGAAACUUCGAGACGAACGGAAACACGAUGACCCACUGUAGCCUCAUGGGCACGGGUGAUACCUUCACUGCUACGGGCAAGUGGCAUUUCCCUGACACCACAAGUGUGCAGAAGCAGCUGUUUGAAAGCAUUGCAUGGCUCUUCGAAAGAGACAUCCACCACUACAUCUCCGAACGCCAGACACCGGUGUUUCCAUUCAUUGAGGAUUUCGACAUUGAGGCAAGUGAUGGCUACUGCGAGAAAGACCCUAAGACUGGUCACUCACCUCCUCCGGACGACGACAUCAUGUACAAACCAGGGAAGAACAACGGAGACCCCGGGGAGCUCAUACGCUGGCGUGCCAAGGCCAUUCAUCACUUGUUCCCGCAGCUGGCUCAGUUGCGAUGCUUGGUCUACUCGGCAUCAGGCUACAACAAGGGCAAGGAGCGGAUAAAGACGUCUUUCCAUUUGGUCUGGCCCGAACUGAUCGUUGAGCCAGGCACGGCCGGGCUUUUACGUGAAGUGACUUUGGAGCUCUUUGACGAAGAGACGCACAAAGAAGGAUCAUUUCUGCAAAAGCUGCGCAAAAAACUGAUGGGUUUCUACCAGUCAAACGAUUGGUUUAAUGUCUUCGACAAGACGACAAUCAGUGCCACGAAUGGUCUGCGACUCCCAUAUAACGACAAAGUUUCGUCCGUUUACCGAAACGAGGAGGACAAGCUGAAGGUUGAGAAUGGAGAAAUGGCGAAAGGCAAGGCACCCAAGAAGCGCGUCAAAGAAAACCGCUAUUCAAAGGCGGUCGGAGAGCUGUUGUUCACCUUCGAAGCGGAUGUGGCAACCGGCGGUCAGGAAGACAAGAUCGUUUCUGCGAAGUGGCAGAACACUGACAGCAGAACUAUUGCUCAGUGGAUUCAGAUGGGAUCCUGCCGCCUGGACAUGUCCGACCCAGAGAGGACGCGGCCGACGCAAGUAUGUCCCACCAGAGAGGGCAAGCGCCUCCUUCGUAAACUGAAGAGGAAACGCGAGAGUGAUGGAAUCGAUUUCGAACUGGAGUUAAGUUCGGAUGAGGAGGGUUACGCACUGAAGAUCCCUCAUCCAAACGUACGGCGGUGCAAGCUCCCGACCCUCGAGUUCGCAAAACUGUUUGACGAGCAACUGGGGGGCGAGGUGGACGACUUGGAGCUGGACCAAGAGGAUGGCAACAAGGAGCUUGCCAAGAUGCUCAAAGGAUCGUGGAUCAGUGUUACCCCGGAUCAAGCACUGUGGAGAGGGCCUGCCAGUGAGCAAAGCAAGGCCAAGUGUCUUGGCUGGAUGCCAAGUUGGAGCCUCAAGCGUGGAAGGCACGCUUCAGAGCCUUCGAUGAGCAGACCCCUUGAACUGGUUUACCUUCGGAGGUUUAACAACCAGGAUGUGGGAAAGAUUUUCGUGGAUGGCCCGACAAGGACGAAGCAGUUCAUUAUAGACAUCUUGAGAGGGUGUGGUCCGGAUAUUACGAAGGAUGAUGUUGCGGUGGUCCCGCGCUACGACCCCACAAAGUCCAGGUGGAUCAACAGAUGA